ACAUACACUUGUUACGUGACUUUCAAAUUUAGUCCCUUUGGAAUGGGAAAUCCCGCAGAGCUCUCUGUGACCUCUUCUACAACGUUAUCCUUAUACGAGGCAGAGGAGGCGAACCUUCGAUUCACAUUGGGACUCGCGCAUUCUAGAACGCCCAUGAGAGUGUGACAUGUAACAAUUACAGCUAGAGUGCACCUGUCUACAAACUGUCAGCCAACUAUACCGAGGUCGAGUUGGAGAGAUUACGUCGGGAUAGGGGACAAGAGAAGUGAAAAUAAGGAAAGUUCGUGGAUCCUGUGAUGUGGAGAGAGGCAGCCGAGGGAGAAUUCUCGGAUUGAAAGCAUCGCCUUGCUCCAGAAACCACACAGAGGGGUGAAAUAAAUUGGAAGCGGGCGGACGCGGCGGGGAAAGGUUGACUACGCGUCUGUAGGAGAUCAGAGGACACCUGGACAUAAAUCCAGCUACGGAUAACAGGAGACAUCCCCUCACAAUUAUGUUCCUUAUUGCAGUUUAUUCUGCGCUUCUGGCCGCAGGUCUAGCCCUGGAGUGUGAGGUCUGCUACUCGCUUAACUCCAACAGCUGCUCGGGUCACUACAAGACUUGUGAUCCUUCGCAUAACCGAUGCAUGGAGACGUUGAGACAGACCUCAAUUGGUGAUCUGAGGAGCGUGGUGUUAGAGAAAUCUUGCGGAAGUGUUUAUAACUGCACACAUCCGGCCAGACUGACAACCCCGGGAUACAGCAUCAGCAUUACUACUAUAUGCUGCGAUACUGACUACUGCAACAACCGGACAAUGAAGUGGGAAACGGCCAACACUACACUUAAUGGUGUGAGAUGUCCGUCUUGUUUCGCCAAAGAUUCAGAGACCUGUGAUAAUCGAAAGACUAUGAACUGCACCGGAAUGGAAACUGGUUGUAUUCAGUUUACAGUAUCCAGACCCAGAGGCUCCACAAUCACCCUGGCUGGAUGUGCGUCGGAGAGCAUAGAAAUGACACAAGGACAAGCCGCGUUCUGGGGGAACUCCAUCAAAGUGACAGGAUUUAGAACCUUCAACGGAGCGGAGUCUCUGAGGGCCGCGCUGCUGCCUCCAGCGCUGACAUUUCUGGUCGUUGUGAAACUAUUCGUACAAUGAUGAUCUCACUCACCGGACGCAAACUCAUUUCAAAUCACAUGCACUGAUAUCAAACUUUGAGAGCUAUAUUUCCAGCCAUUAUUACCUUUGCCUAAAUCAACCAUUAAAUGCAAAUCAGCCUUAAAAUAAUGAAAUAACAUGUUUUAAACCCAUUCAUUUUUAUUAAUAAAGAAUUUUUAUUUCCA